AUGCCCAGUGAGUUCGCCAAUGACCGUUUGCACGGUCAGGGUACCUAUACCUGGAAAGAUGGCCGUACCUACGAAGGUGAUUUUGUUGAAGACCGACGCGAGGGUGAAGGCAGCCUGACCUGGCCAAAUGGCGAUCGCUAUGUCGGUGCGUUCAAAAACAAUCUGCUGCACGGUGAGGGCGCUUUCACCUGGGCGAAUAAGGACUCUUAUCAGGGCACCUUUGUUGAAGGUCAGCGCACCGGCAAAGGCAGAUUUGUCUGGCACACGGGUGAGGUUUACGAAGGUGAUUUUGCCAACGGUAUUGUGCAGGGGCAAGGCAGCUACACCUGGGUUGAUGGUCGUCAGUAUGUGGGUUUUUUUGAGGCAGGUAAAAAAAUUGGUCAGGGUGUUUUUAUCUGGCCUAACGGCAACCGCUAUGUUGGUGAUUUUGUAGCAGACGCACGCAGUGGCUUCGGCGUUUUCUAUUGGCGCGACGGUACAGUUUAUCGCGGUCAGUUUGCUGAAAAUCGUCUGCAUGGCUGGGGUAUCAAGCGGCAGCCGGAAGGGGUGCAGGUUUUGCAGACCUGGCGCCGUGGUGAGCUGGUUUUCAGCCAGCCUCUGGAGGCGCAUGCGCAAUGCAGUCUGCGCCACCUGGAGCGUGACUGGAUGUUUACCAGUGAUCGUUGCAUAAAUGGCAUGGCACAUGGGACAGGUGUUGCUGCCAGUCUGGAUGGGCGCAUGAUUAUUCCCGAAGGGCGUUUUGUGCUCGGCCAGCUGGUGGAAGGUGCAAAACCAGGCGGACAGCCGUUGAACGACGGGCAAUUGGGUGUGGAGAUUCCCGGCGUCAUCCUCGGUGAAAUUCUUGGUCGAGGCGGUAUGUCUACGAUUUACGCCGCCACGCAAAAAGGUACUGAGCAAAGAGUAGCGGUAAAGGUUCUUAACGCCGGCGCUGCCGCGCUGCCUUAUGCUCGCUCACGAUUUCUGAACGGCGCUAAGCUGCAUAGCCAGCUGAAACACCCGAACAUUGCGCGCGUCCUUGAUUUUGGCGAAACCCAGGGUAACGCAUACAUUGUGCAGGAGUAUCUUGGUGGCGGUGAUCUGAAUCAGCAGCUGCAGAAGGGGUUGCAUCUGCAGGCAGCGAUUAAAAUCAUCAAAGACAUCGCCAGAGCCCUGGAUUAUGCACAUGCUGUAGGGGUCAUUCAUCGUGAUAUUAAACCGGAAAAUAUUCUGUUCCGGAAAAACGGCAGCGCUGUACUGACCGACUUUGAUAUUGCGGUGGCAGCCUCUCAGGAGGAUUCGAAAACGGCGCAAGGUACGGUUUUUGGUACGCCGGAAUAUAUCAGCCCGGAGCAGGCGGCGGGGCGCCCGGUAGAUGGCCGUUCUGACUUGUACAGCCUCAGCGUGGUGAUGUUCCGGAUGUUAACCGGGGAUCUGCCUUACCGUGCUGAAACGGCGGUGGGUGUUGGUAUUAAACAUCUGCAGGACCCCAUCCCGAAGUUGCCCAACUAUCUGGCCGCGUUUCAGCAGAUCAUAGAUAAAGCUCUGGCAAAGAAGCCGGAAGCGCGUUAUCAAACCGGCGAAGCGUUGGUGGAAGCCCUGGAUGGCAUCCGUUCAGAAGCGGCGGUGCCUGAAGCCACGAUAAAAUCUCAACCGAUCAAUACCCAGGAAAUUAUUGCGGUUGGCGGCGAUCUGUUGUCAACGACAAGAGAUCCAGCCCGUCAGGAGCGUCAAUCACUGCGUCUGAAGCGUCGCCGUCGAAUAAGAUCAGCCCUGGUUAUUGUGCUGCUUGCAGGUCUAGGUGCAGGUGGUUAUUACGCCCUUGAACAGCAACUGAUCAAUCCCGAGCGUGUGCUUGCGCAACUGGGUAUAGGUGAAGAUCCUCUGUUGAUUGUGGCCUGGUCUGAGGCGCAAUCCAUGCGCCAGGAUCCAAAUCAGGGGCUGACAGCCAUUGUUGCCGCAUAUCGUCGUGUGCUGGCCAUUGACCCCGAUCAUGCAGGGGCUCGGUCCGAAGUGGCGAGCCUUAAUGCGGAUUGGAAAGAAAGCAUUGAAGAGGCAUUUGCGCAACGCAGUCUGCAGCGGGCCCAAACCCGUCUGAAAGAGGGGAAAAACGUGUUCCCUAAUGACCCGCAAUGGAUGCAGAUGGACAUUGAAUUGCAGGACCGGCAAAGGGCUGAGCGUAUUGUCAGUACUACCAAAGCGCUGCUGACCAGUAACGGAAUAUCUGAUCUACCCAGCGCAACUGCUGCGAUUCAGUCUUACCAGGAAGUUCUGCGCCUGGCGCCAGGCCACCCGGAAGCACAGCAGGCGCUGAGCGAGAUAUCUUUGCAUUACGCCGGGCUUGCAAGCGCAGCGGCAGAAACAGGCGAAGUUGCGAACGCAAUUAACCUGUUGGAACGGGCAACAGCGGCGGAUGCCACGGUGACUAUGCUGGAUGACGUGCGUAAAUUAAUUUCCCAGGCAACCACCGCACGUGCCGCCAUUGAUGACCUGUUACAGCAGGCCCGUCAAUAUCGAGCUGAUGGACAACUGAUAAAGCCGUCAGGAGAAAACGCGGCAGAGCUGUAUCAUCGUGUGCUCGCUACAGAUCCGGAUAAUGUGUUUGCGGCGCAAGGUCUGGACGAAGUCACCGCUCAGAUCACAGCCAGUGCGGAACAGCUGUUAGCCGAAGGUGAUCUGGCGUCGGUGGAUAUGCUGGUUGCUCAAGCGGCAGCCGCAGGUAUGAGUGAGUCUAUUGUUAACGAAAUCCGUGGGCGCAUGGAUACUGAGCUGGAACGCCUGAGUACCAUUGAACAGCGGCUGGCACAGGCUGAGGAACUGAUUGCACAAGGCUAUCUCACAGCGCCGACCAACGAGAACGCCAUUACUUAUCUGCGCGAAGUACAACAGUUGGACCCAGGUAACGAGGUUGCCGCUUCGUUGCUGCAACAAUGUGCUCAACGCCUGGCCGAAGUUGCACGCGAAGCCUACGAAUUCGGAUUGGCCGAUGCUGCCGAGCGGUACCUGAAUCUGGCGUUGACCAUUACCCCGGAAGUCGCAGAAUGGGUUGCGUUGCGCGAGAGACCUGUGGUUAUUCCCUUAGGGGACGCAACAGUCAGCGUUAACGGUCAGGAACGAGCUUCGCCAGUGCAGCUGAUUAUUGGUGAUACUGUGGGUAUCGGUCAGGAGAUGCUGCAGGUAGGCAUAGAGGUCGAGGCGCGAGACCCCGAUGCGGCGCAAAGCUGGAUUCUGCGCGGAGACGAUGAUUCACGUCAUGAAAUUCGGGGUGAGUUAUCCAUCGGCCGCGCGAGUUCUGCGGACAUUUCCAUUCCAAAAGAACAUAUCUCCCGGCAUCACGCCCGUCUGCUGGAACACGAUCAAAUGAUCUGGAUUCAGGAUCUGAAUUCAGCCAAUGGCACUCGACUGAACAAUACGCCAGUGAUCGGCGGUGCGCGUAUGUUCCAUGGUGACUACAUUUACUUUGACAAAGUGCGCUAUCAGCUGAUUGGUCAGGGUGGCGCGCUGACACCGGUGCAGCACUUUGUUGAUCCCCUGCGAGGCACACGCAACCAGCCGCCACCAAAACAAUUAGAUACCACUGAAUUUACGGCAGUGGAGGAACCGCUGCUGGCACCUGCAGGGGUGCCGGCAUUAGGCGAAACCGGUGCAUUUCUGCUUGGUGUUUCUGAGUCAGUAGACGGGAAAGUGCUGCGGUUGGGCAUAGGUGAGUCGCUGCUGGGUCGUGCAGAUCAUUGCCACAUCACCAUUGCGGAUUCCACCGUGUCCCAGGAGCAUGCAAAAAUCAGCGUGCGACCUGAAGGCGUCAGGGUAACCAAUCUGAUGUCGACCAACGGCACAAAGGUUAAUGGCGCAGAUGUCACCAGUGCGGAACUGGUGGAUGGUGAUGUGUUAAGAGUCGGGCGCGUGUCUCUGGUGUUUAAAGACAUUCCAGCCUCGCGGGUAGAAGAGCACCCGAUACUCAAACAUCUGUCAGCCUGGCUGGUGGGUGCGGUAGUGAUCGUCUCGGCGUUGCUGGCGAUACCCUUUCGACGUGAGCUCGAAUUCACCUAUGGUGCGGCGGAAGUGAUAGCGCCGGGCAUUCGGCGUGUCAUUGCGCAAAACCCCAGCCCAUUUACUUUGUACGGUACAGGGACCUAUAUCCUUGGUACUGGCGAGGUUGCGGUUAUUGACCCCGGUCCCGCAGAUGCUGCGCAUAUCCAGGCGAUUCUCAAGGCUGUAGAGGGGGAGAAGAUUACGCAUAUUCUUGUCACCCACACGCAUAUGGAUCACUCACCGGGCUGUCGUUUGUUAAGACAGCACACGGAUGCACCCACUUACGCAUACGGCCCCCAUGGCGCAGGCAAACUGGAAGAAGGUGUACCCGUCGAAGAGGGUGGUGAUAUGGAAUUCGACCCGGACGUGCAGGUGCGCCAUGGCGAUAUCAUCCAAGGCGGUGACUGGUCGGUAGAGUGCGUUUAUACGCCUGGUCAUACGUCUAAUCACAUGUGUUUUGCCCUGCGUGAAGCAAAAGCGCUGUUUACCGGUGAUCAUGUAAUGGGCUGGUCCACCAGCAUCAUUUCACCUCCAGAUGGCGAUAUGGCUGAUUACCUGGACAGUCUGGCGCUGCUGCUGGAACGUGACGAUGAGGUGUAUUGGCCGACUCAUGGCGCAGCGAUUACCGAACCAAAAGAGCUGGUGCAGGCGUUCAUUGAGCAUCGCAAGGAGCGCGAAGAACAGAUUCUGCAUUGCAUUGAUGAAGGCGUUGAAGUCAUCACUGACAUGGUGCCGCUGAUGUACAAAGGCACACCUGAAUUUAUGUAUCCUGCUGCUGCGCGUUCAGUGUUUGCCGCGGUUGAGUAUCUGGUGGUGCGGGGUGUGCUGACGGCGAAAGAUGGUAAGCUGAAUCUCGACGGGCAGUUCCAACGCGCCUGA